AGCACACAGGAAGAAAGACCAUGAACACUGUCCAAUCACAGCUGUCGUUGUUAGGAGGUCGUUUAUUGACAAGGGAGAAGGUGACUCCUCGGUGAGACGGACACUAGCUAGCUCUUCAAAUCUUACAAAAGAACCCAAAGAAGACUGGUUGCGGGGAAAUUCGCAACCAUGACUUCUUUUGGAAGGGCGUUGGGAGUCUUUCGCACAGGAUCUCAGCUCCUCAGACGCGGUACGCAGAGGAUAACGAUCAGAAAUGGUAGCGGCACACCGACUAUUGUGCCGCAGUACAGGCAGUUCCCUAAGAUAACUAGGAGACAUGUUUUGGAGUCCGAGCUGCUCAGCGGUGCCAUGUGGUUCUGGAUCCUCUGGCACUGCUUUCACGACCCUGAUGCAGUCUUGGGUCACUUCCCCUGGCCCGAAGCCUCUGAAUGGACAGAUGAGGAACUUGGAAUCCCACCAGAUGAUGAAGAAUGAGAUCAUAUUGCAGUUUCCUUUGCUUAAGUGGACACAGGUCACAAUGAGGAAUUCUAGCUGUGGGGCAAGUCCAAAUCUUCUGGAUAUUCUGAAAGUCAGUUCUGUAAAUAAACAAUAAAAAUAUCUUUAUGUGAAA